AUGCUCACGGAACUACCAGCAGAGAUAAUUUACAAUAUUGCGCUUCACCUCCCGACGGUCAGUUGCUUGACCAACCUUGCUCAGACAUGCCAACAUCUCCAUAUGCUCAUCGCGGCCGAGGAUUCGCGGAUAUUCAGAGCCUUCUUGAAGACUCGCUUUCCUUGGAUAGAGACGCCUCCGUUUUGGCGUGAUGUUUCUCGCGCUCUGACAUCUCGAUCGCGAGCCCUCGACAAACAUGCGGUGGUAGGUCGGUUCGUCGUUCCGCCACGAGAUGCGAUCAAAGUUGGUUCCCACCGGGGCACGAGGGCGGACACUCCUACUCUUGGGUAUCGUCCUGCCAUUGACUCGUACGAGGUAUGGAACGGUGAUCUGUGGUCAGACCACAAGGAGGUUCUUGCCUGGGGUGCUGCGGAUGAGAUUGUCCUUCGUGUCAGACAGACUGGUUCCCAUCCGUUUGACAAAUGGGUUGUGUUCAAUGAUUUGGACCAUGUUAGCAGCUACGAUGAUAUUUGUGGUCUUCACCUUCUAAAGUCGGAUCGUUAUCUACAAGGCCCCGAUGACAAAGAGCAUCUGGUUUUCGGUCGUGUUCGUGGAGAGCUUCAUCACCUUUCAAUCUCGCCGGACGACGCAACCCAUGACUACGAGCAGGAGUUUGUGACGCAUGGAACUGAGCUUGAACGCAUCGACCUCAGCGAUAGUCCUGAGCCUAUUCUGGCUGCUCACUUUGAGAAUGGCUCCAUUGCCCUUUACCAUACUACGACGGAUGAGCCCGAGGUCCAUCCCUUUGCACGGCUCGGUCACGAGGGCCUCAUGCGUAACAAUUAUUCCAAAUUCCUGUCACCGACCCGGUUAGCAGUAAGCACAGGGCGCCUCGAGAACACAUUGUCCAUUUCCACGAUCACGCCCGAUAAUGUAUCACUAUAUCGGGAAAUCGGCUCCGAAUACCUGGGAUUUGAGGAACACGUUGGUUUAAAUCGGAAAACCAAUAUAGUCAAUGCGAUUGCACCGCUGACUGGGCAAGCUGGGGGAUCGGGUGAUGUUUUUCUAUCUUCAUGGGGCGAUAGGGCCGUCAGACUCCAUGAUCUUCGCACAGGUAAACCAUAUGAGGCUAUGUACAGAGACACAACGGAUGGCAACCCCAUAUAUUGUGUCCAUCCAUUUGGCCAUGACCGUUUUGCGGUUGGUGCAGGCGGCGAUGCGGUGCUCAAGUUCUUCGAUCUCCGUAUGCACAACCCUUACAACUAUCUGAAUGGAAGGUACCCGUCAUUCUCGCAUCCUAGCGACAAAUCCAACGAAGACAACUCGGACACAGACAAGAUUCAAGAUUCAAUAAGGUACCCACGGAAGGAUUUCUCUCUUUUUCUAUCCCAUCCGCCUCCGGGACUUAAACGUUCAAAUCGCGGGCGCUCCCGAGGCAACCCCACCUCCUACCGUGGCCCAAUCUACACCAUGUCUUCGCCAUCUGCACUAUCACCAACGAUCUACGCAGGUGUGGUAGACGGUGUUUUCCGCCUUGACUUUGCAUCCUCAGACGACCUUGCCAGCCCGUCUUUUCAAUGGUACGAGGAUAGCCUCGCAUUGGAUCUUAACAGCGCAUCUUCCGCCCCAGAUAGGGUUCUGGAACUCUCGGGAUACGAGCGUCCAGAAGCUGAUGAUCUCACUACUACUUCAAAGUUGAGAACUCAGCAACCAUUCUGGGCCAUUUCCAAUGAUGAUGCUCGGAAUGAAGUGGUUACGGGUUGGGAUCGAAGAUGGGAGAGAUUAGAUCAGGAAGCUCCUUGGAGGCGUCAUGAUUAG